AGAAAGUGCCGGGCGAGAUGGAGAUUGAGCGCAGGGAGCGGAGCGAGGAGCUGUCCGAGGCGGAGAGGAAGGCGGUGCAGGCGACGUGGGCCCGGCUCUAUGCCAACUGCGAGGACGUGGGGGUGGCCAUCCUGGUGAGAGACAAGAAAACUGAGGAUCAGCCAAAGAGGACAAAGAGGAGCAAACCCUUUUCUCCAGCUCAGCCCCUUCCCGUAUGCAGAGACCUGGAAGGGCUGCGCAAAGGGCAAAAGAAUAGAGGUCAGAAGAAGUGGACCCCAGAGGUCCCACUUUCCCAGCUGGUCCCUUCCUGCCCCUGGGGCCAGGCCAGCAGGGAGCUCCCAGGUGAGGUGCAGGUUCUUUGUGAACUUCCCGUCGGCCAAGCAGUACUUCAGCCAGUUCAAGCACAUGGAGGAGCCCCUGGAAAUGGAGCGGAGCCCACAGCUGCGGAAGCAUGCCUGCCGGGUCAUGGGGGCCCUCAACACGGUGGUGGAGAACCUGCACGACCCCGAGAAGGUGUCCUCUGUGCUCUCCCUGGUGGGCAAAGCCCACGCCCUCAAGCACAAGGUGGAGCCCGUGUACUUCAAGAUCCUCUCUGGAGUCAUCCUGGAGGUGAUCGCUGAGGAAUUUGCCAACGACUUUCCCCCCGAGACGCAGAGAGCCUGGGCCAAGCUUCGCGGCCUCAUCUACAGCCACGUGACCGCUGCCUACAAGGAAGUGGGCUGGGUACAGCAGGUCCCCAACGCCACCACUUUGCGAAACACUUUCAGGCAGUUCCAUCACUCAGUUCUCACGGAGCCCACCAGCCACGCUGCCCUCUUCGGGGCCAUAGGACCCUCUUCUUCUCCCCCGUCCCUGGCAGCACCUUGAGCAGAAGGCCGAGUUCUGAAGACCCUCCUGACCCUCCAUCUCUGGGUGCCAAGGAAGCUGGAAGAAUCCCUGACUCAUCUUCCUGGAAAGAGGCUGCCUCCGCCUGGGCCACAGUCCCCCCCGGAGCCACCGGGAGGUGACACCGGCUACCCGGAUGCCGACUCCAAGGGCGCCAAAGCGGGUGGCCUGUGGGGAUGGGGGACCCUCCCUCUUUGAAGAGCCGGGCACACCCUUCUUAGCUUUUCUACUCACUGUUAGAGACCGGCGGGGAUCAGGGACAGGUCUGUGAGUCACUCGAGGAACGAAGAGGCCUGUUUCUAUCUGCCUGGCCACAUGCCGGUCUGGUCUCUGCAUCACUUAUCUAGAGUACCAUGCACACGUCUAUUGCAUAUACAGAUAUAUUCUAUAUACAAUCUCUAUAUAAAUAUAUAUAUAUAUAUACACAUACAUAUCUUAUAAUGUGUACAGUGGGGCCCAGAGGUACGUAUGAGGCUUCGGUUCUGCCCACCGAGGGGUCCUGGCAGCUUCUGGGCAGAGAUCAGAGUGUUCUGGAAGAGACGAUGGGGGUCCCACAGAUGCACAGAGAGGGCCACGUGGCAGGGCGGAGGCAACACAGCUCGCCAGCAAAGCGCAGACCCUUCUCUCUGACCAGCUGCCCACAUCCCAGCUCUCAAGACAGAAAGGUUUUGGCGCGCCCUACCUCUGCCCCCUACAAAAGGAGGUGGCUUCCUGACUUGCCCCCAGAUGGGCCGGGGCAGGCAGAGGGGGCCGGAAGUUCUGAACGGGGUGACUGCAGCCAGCAGGGGAAGGGCUGUAGUCAAGAAACCUGGAAUGCUGGGUUCCAUCUGCCUUUGCCGCUAAGACAGUGGGAGGGAAUCCAGGCUGCUGAUCUGCCAGGCAGGGCAGUGGUGAUGGGACCAGAUGCCUCUGUCUUGUCCUGGCACUGUGAGGGCCACGGGCCUUCCCUCCCCUGCCUCGCCUGGCUGCUGGCUGGUGGUCGGGCCUGUCCAUCCAUCCAGGUCGGCAUUGCUGGGGACUCCCCCCGCCCAUGUGUGCCCCUGGGUCGUGCGUGUUGUCUUCAAGGAUGCUUCGCUGCUGUGGUUUCCAUGCUCGCCUCCUCCCGUCCCGUCUUCGUGCAGCCGUCCGUGUAACUGCCUGUCCUCCUUUUGUAGUUUCUGGUGUUUGUAACCAGACCCAGCCGUGUCAUUAAACAGACUCGUUCUUCCCGUGUC